UGGAGAAUACUGUCGAUGGACAUUUUUAAUCUAUUAAAAAGUAAUUAAUUAAUAUUUUUAAUACUAGUGAAGUGUAAAAUUAUGUAUAUCGUUGACUGAUCAGCUCUACACAUCACCCUGCCACUGGAUCAUCUCAUCUUAACCCGUAUCAUUUUGAUAUCAUCGAGUCACAUUCGCAGAAUGGCCUAACCAAAAGAUCUCAACGCUAGUUAAAUAAAUGCCGAACUUUAGAAGACCCAUUUUCGUCGUAUUUAUUCGCUGACGCCAGUUCGUUCGAGAUUCAAGCAUGUACUUGAAAAUUCGACAGUCGACUACGACAGACCAGCUCGUUAUUUAAUUACGCGUAUCGUAUCCGAAUCGUUAUCGUGCAAUGCUACCUUUAAAAAUUACCACCGAACUCGAAACAUAAUCGCCAGUAGCCCAUCGCACCUAGUUCAAAUCAAAAUGGUGUGCAUAAUGGAAGAAGACGAGUCGGCGGUUUGCGUGGUGCGUGAUUUUUCGGGCACCUCGCAAGACUGGAAGAUCGAAACGUUGGUGACGGCCUCGACAACUGGUAAACAGUUCCUGAGGGAGAUCGCCGAUCGGUAUAACUUCGAGCCGGAUUCAUUUCGUUUGGUUUCGCCUACACCUUAUAAGAAAAAUAACGUUUACCAGGCGGUAAUCACUCAAGAUACCGAAGAAACGCUCAAAGAAAUCGGCAUUAAUUUCGAAAGCGGCAGUCGUAAUUUAUUUAUCGUCGAAGGUUUGGACGGCCAAAAUCCUAGGCUGGUUUCAAAGCACGACGAUCUAGAAUUAGGUGCAUCUGCUAGUCCGGAGGAGCCAUCCUCGUCCAACUCUUCGAGUCCGCCGUGUCUUACGAAUAUACCAGAAACCGGCACCGGGUACUCGAGUUAUCGUUUUGUGACGCCGAAAAAAGACUCGUGCAGGCUGCAGCGUCGAAAACAACGUCUCAGUUUGUCCGAAUCGAUCGAUUCACCCUCCGGCGUCGAAUAUCGCGGUCUCGUCAAUCAGGCGAUGACAUGUUACCUGAAUAGUCUGUUGCAAGCUUUAUUCAUGACGCCGGAGUUUCGUAACGCUUUGUAUAAUUGGCGAUUUGUUCCUACUUGCGGUAUGGAUGAGUCCAAAUCCAUACCGUAUCAGCUGCAAAGAUUGUUUUUAAAUUUACAAACAUCACCUCGUGAUUCAGUCGAGACCACCGAACUGACUCGCAGCUUCGGAUGGGAUUCUAGUGAAGCGUGGCAACAGCAUGAUAUUCAAGAGCUGUGUCGCGUUAUGUUCGAUGCCUUAGAACAAGAAUUUAAAGGAACGGAACAAGCUGAUCUCAUCAAUGGAUUAUAUCAGGGAAAAAUGAUCGAUUACGUAGAAUGUCUAGAAUGUGGUACAGAAAAAAGUCGCGAAGAUACCUUUUUGGAUAUUCCGUUACCAGUUCGACCGUUUGGAAGUAGCACAGCGUAUGGUAGUGUGGAAGAAGCGCUCAGAGCUUUCGUUCAACCCGAAGUACUCGAAGGAAAUAAUCAGUAUUUUUGCGAGAAAUGUAAUAAAAAAUGCAACGCUCACAAAGGCCUGAAGUUCACCAAGUUCCCGUACCUGUUGACGCUGCACUUGAUGAGAUUCGAUUUCGAUUACAGUACCAUGCAUCGGAUCAAACUCAGCGAUAAAGUCUCGUUUCCACAAACGUUGAACCUGAAUAGUCUUAUUCCUUAUUCGAACGUCGUCUCUUCCACGUCUCCUCUGUAUAAAGAAGAAGGUAGCGAAGGUUUUCCAGAAGAAAUCACCGGAUCUAGUAGCAAGUGCGACGAUAGUAGUACCACCGAUAGCGGUUCUGCUAUCGACGACGAAGGAUGCAUGGCUUCUUCGAACGAUAACGUCGACUACGAUCAGGACGUGGACGAAGGUAUCGACGUGAGUAAUCAAAUUGAAAACGAGAAAAAUCGCCUCAAUAAUGAAGCCGGACCUUACGUUUACGAGUUGUUCUCCGUCAUGGUGCAUUCUGGUAGCGCCUCCGGUGGUCACUAUUACGCUUACAUUAAAGAUUUCGAAACCGGAGAUUGGUACUGUUUCAACGAUCAAAGUGUCCAUAAGAUAACCAGCGAACAAAUCGAAAGCUCUUUUGGUGUAUAUGGACCGUCGAGAGGGUAUUAUUCGGGAGUCUACAGCUCCAGCAUGAACGCUUAUAUGUUGAUGUAUCGACAGAUCGAUAAAGAAAGGAACGUGUUACCUUUGAAAGAAGACAGAUUCCCGGCUCAUAUCAAAACUUUACUCAAGGAAAUGAACGAAAACGCUAAUAACUAUAGACAAAUGAAGGAAAAAGAACGCGAACUGGUUCGACUGAAGAUCUAUUUCCAUCAACCGGCCACCGAUAAACGUAUAGAUUGUAGAUUAGACUGCGAAGCACACGAAACAUUGAAAGAAGUUGUUAAAAAAGCGUACAAGAAAUUGCAACUAGAAACAACGACUCCGUUGGAUUACUGCCGGCUGGUCGUAUACAACAGUCAGGACGAUACGAUCGAACGCAGUCUCGAGGGUAAAGAUCACGAAGAAAUCGGUAAUAUAUUCUUCAAAAAACACAUCGCUUGGAAUUACAAGAAACAAGAAAUGUUGUUGGAAAUUCGCCCUAAAGAUAAACCCUUCCCAGUUUACAAACCCGGAUGCAUAUCUUUGAAACUAUCGUUGGUCCAUAUCGACAAAAACCAAAUCGAUAACGCUAUCGUUUUACGAACCAAUUUAUUGAACAAAGUGAAAGAAUUCAAAGAAGAAUUAUACCAGCAUUUCAAUUUCGACCCUCUCGUUUACUAUUUGUUAAUCAUGUUGGAGGUUAAAGGAAACGCGGUGAAAUUCAUCGACGACGAUGAAGCUCAGCUCAAGGAUUGCGGUGAAUUCCCCAACUCGAAAGUUUUUGUAUGCUUCCAAACCAACGCUACCGAUAUGCCGACCAAAUAUAGAAUAGCUAUGCGAAAACUCGUACUGCAGUAUUUAAAUGUGAUCAAAUUGAAUGUCCUUUUGCCAGAUAUUAAACCUGAUAUACUGAAAAAAUGGUCGAUUCCUACUCUAUCCGAAUACAACAGUAUCAAUCACAAAUACAACGAAGAAAAUCAGCCCACCAAAAAGAUCAAUAAAGAACCCUACGAUGAUCUAGAAGUAACAGCAAAUAACGUCGCUGCCCAAUAUAACGGAUUUUCAUCCGCUUCUGCUGUUCCGGCUGCUUCGAAUGGCGACGAAGUGUAUUCUAACGAGAUAUCUAUGCCGAAUUCAAACGCUGCCGGUGCUAUGAACAUCGGAGGUCAUCAUAGCGAUCAAAGUGCCAGUGAAGAUAGCAGUCUCACCGAUAGCGAUAGAACAAUUAUUGGCGAUACUCAGGAAGAAUAUCAAAUGUCCAGUUCAGGAUCUUCUCCUCGAGGAGGCGGUGGCGAUUUCCGCCAAAGAUCAAUGAACGAUUUAGUCGCCGAAGACGACCAUUGUUCGGAUAUAUGGGAUCGACAUUCGGAUAGCCUAGACAACAACGACGUAUGCCACAACGAAAACGAAUUCUAUUUCAAGGAAAUCCACAACAGCGUAACUUUCAAUAAAAAGAAGAGUGGCAUGAUUUCAGAUUUAAAACUCGAGGUAGAUAAACGUACGCCGGUCGAUGUAUUCAAAAAGAACCUCGAACAAUACGUACAAACUCCCAGCGUGUUUUUCAAAAUAUCUCCGUACGCGAAUAUUCAAGACGAACAAGGAUACAUGAGUCGAAUGGAUAUCAGCUCGUUGGAAAAGCUGGAAAACGACGCAACGUUGCAUAUUAGACUUAACCCGAUAAUGAAACCGAAUACCCCAAGGGUGAAGCUUUCGUUACUCGAUUAUAAGGCUAAUAGAAUCGAAAAUUAUAUCGACGAUAUUCCUAUAUUCGAAGAUAAAAGCGUCGGUGAAACGAAGAAAUACCUUGUACACUAUUUACGUUGGGUUCAAAAUAUCGAUAUGGAUUUCGAAAGUUGCCGUUUACACGUCAUUUCCGGCGGUAUCCGAAGAGUAUGUUUGAACGAUGAAAUUUGGGCUAGUCUCAAAUUGAAAAACGACUGGCAACUGUAUAUACAAAGGUUGUAUUCCGACGAAACUAUCACCGAUGCUGAGAAACAAAUCGAUAUACCUAUCAGACGCUAUCAUCCGGCCACCAGAAGUUAUGAUUCUAUAGAGGAAAUCAUUCUCGAAGAUUUCACCAUCGACGCGUUGAAAUCAAAGAUAUCAGAAAUCAGCUCGAUACCCGAAGAAAAUCUAAUCAUCAGUUUGCAAGAAAUCACGCAGCGAACCAACGUAUCAUCUAUCGAGUGGAGCUCCGUCAUGAAUAUUUCAUCUCUGCAUAAAUCGCAAAAUAGUCUAAGGGAAAUCAAUCAUUUAGUAAAUUACAAAGAUGGCAGAGAAGACAGUAACGACGACUCUUCCGAUAGAAAAGGAGUCAAGAAAGUUCUCCGACGAGAAAAACCUCUCCGAAUAGUCGUAGCUGAAAAAACAUCUUGCAAUGGUGAAAAUUCAAAUAGCACCGCUUCGAGUUGAUUCUUCAAUCGUACUCGUUCCUUCGGUUGGAUUCUAUAAUCGUAUAAAUAUUUAUGCUUAAUAUACUAGAAUGUGUUUCAUUGUAGAAAAAUUUUUCAAUGUGUUUUUUUUUUCUUUUUCUUUUCUCUUUUUUUUCUCGUAAUUUUUAAUUCAAUUCUUCAAUAAAAUGUACCUAAAAAAUACGGUUUUAACGCGGUUUAUUUAAAUAUGUAUUUCGCGUAGUUUUAGUAACUCAUCGAACAAUGCCGAUUUUUUUUUAUUCGUUUUAUCGCCGUCGAUGAUUUUUUUUUUGAGCAUUUUCGAUGUGAUUUUGUUCGUUACGCUGAAAUAAUUCGCGUCAUUUUUACUCUUCUUAUUUAUGUUUCGUGUGAAAUGAUGCUGGUUUUAAUUUUUUUUCUCUUCUUUUUAAAUACCAAUAUUUAUUUAUUUAUUGAUUAAUUAUUUAUUGUUGAAUGAACUUGUGAUGUGAUGAGAUAUCGACCAGAGUUGAUGUUUUAAAAAAUUUCACCCGAAUAAAAUUUACCAUCAUUUCGUACCAAUUGUAUCGUCUAGCAUUUUGUAAUAAUUUAUCCUUACGUCGCUACUUUAUCGGUAAAAAUUAGCGACGUAUACUUAAUGAAUUUUUCUGUUUUACUUAUUCGUAUAAAAAUAAUCGUCUACCUACAUAAAUAUUUUCGUUUUAUUUUCUUCUGUCCAGAUUUUAAUUUUUAAAAUUGCGUUUACUGGCAAACAAAACGUGAUUAAAUAAACCUGUGUUAUGUUGUUUAAUUUUUUUUUCAUUUUUUUGCACUCUCGAAUCGAUUUAAGCUAUUAAAAAAAUUCUCGUACAUGAAUUUUUUACCCAACUCGUACCAAUUUUGUAGAAUGUUGUUGGUAUUUAUCUGCCUGAGAAGAAUAAACGACCAACGUGUGAUGUACCUAUCUAUUUGUUUCGGAAAAAUUAUCGUACUUUGAUGGAAUCCGGUCUAAAAAAAAAACGCCAUCGUAGGCCUAUUUGUUUACAAGUUGUUGUGAUAUGUUAGCAUUUUCGCGAACGAAUGUGCUGAAAUAUAUAAUAAUGUAAAUUUGGUUUUAUUUUUACAUUGUGUUGAUGUGUAUUUACUAUCUACUAUCUACGUACUGUACUCGUAGUUUACCUCGAUGUAAUUUUUGUUUCUUUGAUGUCUUAUUUAUUGGUGUUGCCCUCCCUUCCCUCCCCCACCCCCUUUUCUCCUCGAUAUUAAUAACACGCACGUAUCGAAUUUGUUUCGAUGUAUUGAACUUUCAAAAAAGACGGUGUGGAUGAACAUUUUUUUUUUCUAUGUUAGAGGCGGUGUAAAUGAUGAAGUGUAACCUUAUAAUUUUACCUAAUGGUGUAUUCUGUAUCUUUUUUCUUCUUAUUUUUUUUUUGUAUAUUUUGUAUUAUUAAUGAUUGUAUUUUUCGGUGUACCACGAUGCUAAUAAUAUUGACGAAUUGAUUUUUAUUAUCGUAUACAUUUCGCUGUUGAAGAAAUACAGUUUUUAUGUUAUCGUU